GCUUUUCCUCUUCAUAAUAAUAUAAUUUAAUUGAGUGUAAAGAUUCGAUUUUAAUUACUGUAGCCGCCUGCUUAGAACUGAGUGCCUUUGUUUGACUUGCCUUUGUCUUCCACCUCCACAAUUUUGUAUUUAAAUAUAUAUAAUAUAUAAACAACAGAGGAAGAAAACACAUAGCUUCUUCGCUUUCUAAGAUCAUCAUCAACCAUGGAAGAAGAAGGCACAGUAGAUAUAGUCAUCGUUGGCGCAGGAAUCUCCGGCCUUUCAACCGCCGUUGGACUCCACAGGCUUGGGAUUAGAAGCAUGGUGCUGGAAUCUUCAGAUAAGCUGAGAGCCACAGGAUUCGCAUUUACAACUUGGUUCAACGCUUGGAAGGCUAUGGAAGCUCUCGGCGUUUCUCAGCAUAUUCGCCAUCUCCAUGAUCUCCUUCAAGGGUGGGUGGUGGGACACAUCUCCCCAGGAAAUCCUUCUAAAGAAAUGCUCUUUCCAAAAUCCGAAGAAUACGAGUCUAGAUGCGUACAGAGGAAGGUGCUGUUAGAGACUCUAGCGGAUGAGUUGCCUCAAGGGACCAUAAGGUUUUCGUCAAAGGUUGUUCACAUCGAAUUGUCUGGAUACUACAAGAUGGUUCAUCUCUCUGAUGGAACUAUUCUCAAAACCAAGGUAUUGGUAGGGUGUGAUGGUGUGAAAUCAGUGGUUGGUAAGUGGCUAGGCUUCAAGAAUCCGGUUAAAACUGCCAGGUUAGCAAUCCGAGGGCUCACACAUUAUCCACAAGGCCACGGAUUUGGGAAAAAUUUCUUCCAGUUUUAUGGCAAUGGUGUUCGCUCGGGUUUUAUCCCCUGUGAUCCCAACACUGUCUACUGGUUCCUAACCCACACUUGUACUGAAUUAGAUAAGGAGAAAAAUCCCGAAAACCUCAAAGAGUUUGUGCUGAACAAGCUCAAAGACUUGCCUGAAAACAUUAAGAGUGUGGUGGAGACCACAGAUCUUGAUAGCAUGGUGAUGUCUCGACUCAAGUACCGACCCCCGUGGCAACUCUUAUGGGCAAACAUAGCAAAAGACAACGUAUGCGUUGCAGGGGAUGCACUUCACCCAAUGACUCCUGAUAUCGGACAAGGCGGUUGCUCGGCAAUGGAGGAUGGAGUGAUCCUGGCUCGUUGUCUGGGUGAAGCAAUGAAAGGGAAAGGUGAAAGAGAGGAAGAGUAUAAGAGGAUUGAACAAGGAUUAAAGAAGUAUGCAGGAGAAAGGAAAUGGAGAAGCAUAGAUUUGAUAACAACGGCAUAUACAGUAGGAUUCAUACAGCAGAGCACAGGGAAGUGGAUGAACCUGUUAAGAGACAAGUUCUUGUCCUCUUUCCUUUCUCGGUUGCUGCUGAAAAAGGCUCAUUUCGACUGCGGAAGCCUACUUGUCCCAUGAUGAGAAAGCAAAGCAGGAAUGCUCUGCUGUGUGCGUGUGUGUUUAUUUUUCUAUAAAUCCGUGUUGAUAGAAUAGUCUCAAUCAACUAAAUAAAGUCGCAAAGGCAAAAGGAAGUGUA